AUGAUUUCGACAGCGAUGCAUUUCUGCGAACAAAUUCAGUCAAAUUCCUCCGCUUCCGAAGCAAGCGCACAAGCAGAAUACUCAAUUCAGUCAGUCAAAAAUGUUGUUCAAAAUUCAGGUUUCCUACUUGAUGAACUCGUUAUUCCUGCCUAUAUUCUUCUCAAGGCUUCGAUAUCUAUGCAACAUGUUAAAAAUGAUCUUUUAAGCCAUUAUUUGCAGCAUAUUUUUUCCAGUGUAACAACAGCACAGAGCCGUCGUCGAUUUCGUACAAAUUUUACCGAAAAUCAAAGUGUCGCAUUAGAGGAAGCUUUUCAAGAAUCACAUUAUCCGGAUCAAAAUUCCAAAAAACAAUUAUCAGCGGUAUUGGACAUUCCGGAAGAUCGUAUUACGAUAUUACUCAUUGACAACGUUGCUGUUUUAUUGACAGGUUUGGUUUCAAAAUCGACGAGCUAA